UAUAAAGCACUUGGCUUGUACCUGAACCCCUCCGAUGUACAUCUAUCACUGCUGUCCAGUUCUCUGCUCUUUUCGACACACCAGAAGAAAGCAGGCAGACUGGGAUUAAAAAUUGGCUUCAGACUUAUGGGGACAUUUUUACUGAUUAAAAUAGGAAACGCUCUCUGUGUACACAAAAUGCUAUUACUUUCAGCGGGAUGUUUGUUAAUUUCAUUCCUGCAUAGUUUGACCGAGGCAAACUCAGCGCAUCUACCGAGGAUGAUAUUCACCGACAAAGAGAUUACAAUUAAAAGAGUACCUUUACCUGGACAUGAUGUACCUGUGUGGAUUCUACUGGAAGAUCAGCCUGACAAUGUCACAGUUAUUGGACAAACAACCGUGACCUCAUACAACUUUCAAAACCCUGAGAAGACUCUUCUAGAGAGGAAGGUGUUGUGGAAGCAAUGCAUCAACAGUUCUCCACAAGAAGAUUGCAGCUAUAACAUUACUGUGGUCCACAAGAUGAAGAAGGCCAGCCAGGUGUUUGUGUGUGGAACCAAUGACAGAGAAACAGUAUGCUGCGACAUGAAUUUAUCAGACGACCCCCCCAAGUGCAGUCCCAGAAUGGGGGACAUACAAAACAGCAUAAGUAGGUUUGUCAUAAAGGAAGGAGAACCAUCAGCCCUUAUGGAAUCAGCAGAAAGUGCAGAUCUCUACAUUACACGCUCUGGAUCUCAGUCUCAUGUUGGCAUCCACAAGUUUGGAAAAAACAGGGUUGGACCAUCAGACCAUAAUAAAGAGCAGCACUAUGUGGGUCUGAUAUUCAGCAGACGGACAAACGACUCUUCCCAGGACAAAGUUUAUGCCUUCUAUAAGGAGAGAAACAAUGACCCAGGCUUGUACAGUGGCAUGUGGCUACCUUUUGUGACCCAGGUUUGCAUGGCAGAUAUUGGUGGUCCUAAGAACCAACUGCAGUUUAAGUGGACUUCCCAGAUGUACACGAGGCUCUUCUGCGGAGACACUAAGAGCAAACAGCAUUUUUCUGAACUGGUAGAUGUGGCCACAGUGCAUGCAGACCGAUGGCAGGACACCAGAGUUUAUGCACUCUUCAGAAAUGAAUGGGGAAUGAGUGCUGUGUGCGUCUACAUCAUACAAGAUAUUGACCACGUCUUCACAACCUCCCCGUUGAAAAGUGACGGCACAGACAAAACCAAGAAAAGGCCUAGGACAUGCAUUAAAGACAGCACUUUGACGCCUUCAGAGGCCCUGAGAAUCACUUCGGAGAUGGAGCAGUGGGUCCAACCUAUGAACAACUCUGGUCCACUUCUCUUUAAUCACCACAACUACACUCACAUCUAUGUUGACAGCUCCCAGUACAAGCAGAACUAUCACCACAUAGUUCUGUUUUUGUCUCUAAAUAAUGGAGCAAUUCAUAAGAUGAUGCAAAAUAAAACUCAAGCCUUCAUCAUCACAGAGUACCGACCUUUCAACCAUCAUACUCACAUCCUCAGUAUGACCCUACAUCCCUCCUCGAGGAAGCUCUAUGUGAACUCCAGAAGUGAGCUGGUCCAACUGGAUGUGACAAACUGUGUCCAGUAUGGCCACAGCUGUGAGGACUGUGUCUUAGCCAGUGAUCCUUAUUGCGGUUGGAACGGCACCCACUGCAUCCCUGAGACACAUGGCACGCUGCACAAUGUGGCCACAAGGACCUGUUCCAUCUCCCCGAACCUAGAAGCAUUUAGAUAUCCCACUGAUACAUAUGCAGACAAGGAUGUGGACAGCAUCACACUUCCCUCUGAGUCCAAGUAUUUCCUCCAGUGCCCAAUGUCAUCCCAUCAUGCCCAGUAUACCUGGUAUCACCAUGAAAACUCCAUAUCCUGCAGCUUGAAGGAACACAACUGCCUACUUCUGAUCAACAGCAUGGGUCCUGAGCAGGAGGGAAUUUACAAAUGUGUGUCGGAGGAGAUGGGCUACACAAAAGUCCUGGCAGUGUACCGAUUAGCACUGAGCAACAAGACGGCAAGCCGAUCAUCUAGGCCUCUGGUUUGGGUUUGGCUGCUGGCUGUUCUGAUUAAGCAUUUGUCCUGUUAGCUCCCUAUGAUGUGAAUAUUGUGGUAUGUGUCUCAUGUCUUUACUAGCACAAUAGCACAUAAACAGAAUGUAGGCUUUAACCGGUGAUGAUGCAAUAGCUUGUAUUAAUAAUUCCAUUAUAAACAAUCUCAAUGCAAAGUUACACAGAGCCCCAGACUGUGCCUCUCGUGUAUUAUUGCAUCCAGUACAGUCAGAGUGAAGGAUAGUAGAUCAAGAAAAGACAUCAUUUUGCUUGUUUUGUACAACAGCAGAAAAGGUACUUGCACAUUAUUUAAGACAAUCAAACAAAUUAAAUAAAGGUAAUGAAUAAUGACAAAUGUAUGUGAUAUUAAAACUUUUAAAAUUUGGCUACUAUGUUAUACAAAUUGAGCAAGAAGCAUAAAGCUGAGACUUGAGAAAUCUAAACUACUUUCAAAGAUGUUCAGUGAACUUCAGGAGUUUUGAAAGGUUGCCACCACAGAUUAUUUUUCAGAAAACCGGAUGCUGCAUUGGGCUGUCCAAAACAAUUGCAAUUUCCGAUCUUAUACCACAGCACCUCAGACUCUCUUGGGUUGCAACAGAGUGUUCAGUAUGUCAAGAUCAAAAUAGCUUGGUCAUAGUGGGAGAAUCUGCAGAGGUGUUGUUGAAGGUGCUAGGUUGAGACAUUUGUUCCAGUCCAAUUUUAGUCAGAGUUUAUCUUGGUUGAGAGUCAAUGCGUGUGAAAAUUAGUAUGAAAAACACGGGACAGCAAAAGGCAGCAGCAGCAUGCCACAGUGCCAAAUGUUUGUUUAUAUCAAUUAAACCACUAUGGCAUUCAAGAAAAACAUCCACCUGACCUGUAUUUGUUGCUUUUACUUACUGUAAAUGCCAAUUAAGCAUUUUGUUUUCAAUGUGUUUAAUAGGAUGGCUUGUUUGAACUUAAGAUAAAAUUGGAUAAUGUGAGGCGUGUUUUAUUUUUUUGAAGACUAAUAAAAAUAUAUUUCAUUG